AUGGAAGAAAAGGAGAUGACGAAAGUGUUCUUAAAGACUCUUGAUACUUUUUAUUACGAGAGGAUGAUUGCAAGCGCUCCUACAGACUUUACUGACAUGGUAAACAUGAGAGUCCGUUUAGAGGAAGCAGUUCGAGAAGGGCGUCUAGUCAGAGAAGGAAGUUCAUCUUCAAGCGGGGCAAAGAGGUACGGCGGUUUUAUGAAAAAGAAGGAACAAGAAACUAAUGCUGUGUCCUAUAAUCAUCCAAGAAGGAUCAAUUAUCCUUACCAUUCCCAACACCAACAUAUAACAGCCGUGACUCCAGUAAUCACUUCCGCUCCAGUUCAAGUCCAAUACCCUCAGCAGCGUACCAAACGCUUCCAACAGAAUACUCAGUAUCAGCAACAACAUCAACCUCAACAACAUCAACAUCAGUUACAACAACGUCCACCACAGCAGCAAAGAAGAACCAAUUUUGAUCCAAUUCCAAUGUCAUAUGCAGAAUUGUAUCCAGCUUUGAUCACUAAAAACCUUGUGCAACCACGACCACGACCUCUUGUACCAGAAGUGCUACCUUGGUGGUACAAGCCAGAGGUAUCUUGUCCCUUUCAUCAGAAUGCUCCAGGUCAUGACUUAGACAACUGUUUUGCUUUAAAGUUGGAAGUACAGAAGUUGACAAGAGCAGGUAUCCUGACCUUCAAGAACAUGGAUCCCAAUGUGAAGGACAAUCCAAUGCCAAGUCAUGGUCCUUCAUCAGUGAACAAUAUAGAAGUCUGUCUCAAUGAACAACGUGUUACGAAGAUAGAGGAGAUUCGGCGGUCUUUGGUUGAAAUUCAUUCUGUUUUAUGUGCUCAUGGUCUAUUCCAACAUGACCACCAGAUCUGUGGUACAUGUUCAGUCAAUUCAAGAGGUUGUAGGAAGAUUCAAGAUGAUUUGCAAGGCGUCCUUGAUCAGGGUUUGAUUCAGAUUUCUAGACAAGUGAGUUCUCCAGAAUCACAAGAACAAGAAGUGAAUGUCAUCAUUCCUUGCUUCAACAUUCCAGAGAAAGUAGAGAUAGCUUAUCAUCCGAGGGAGUCGGUGGUGAUUUGCCCUCCGGGCCCAAUGCCUUACACUUCAGAUAAAGCGGUCCCCUACCGCUAUGCAGCAACUAUUAUUGAGAACGGUAAAGAGGUCGAGAUUAAAACCUUAGCCUCAGUUACCAAUAUCGCAGCAAAUAGCCGAAUGACGCGCAGUGGUCGCGUGUUCGCUCCGCCGGUUAUCCCAAGUAGAAAUGUUGAGAAAGAUCCAGUAGUCGUGGUACCAGUGACAAGAGAAGCAGAAGGGCAAACAAGCAAUUCAACCCUUGACAAAGAAACAGAUGAACUACUCAGAAUUAUCAAGCUCAGUGACUACAAAGUGGUAGAUCAGUUGCUACAGACACCAUCAAAAAUCUCGAUCCUGUCCUUAUUAUUGAACUCAGCUGUCCACAGAGAAGCACUACUGAAGGUGCUUGAUCAAGCCUUUGUAGAACAGGAUAUAACAGCAGAGCAGUUCAACAAUGUUGUAGGCAGCAUCACUUCGUGCAAUGGCUUAGGCUUUUGUGAUGAAGAACUGCCAGAAGAAGGAAAGAAUCACAACUUCGCUCUCCAUAUCUCAGCCAAUUGUCAAGGGGAUUCUUUGUCUAAUAUCCUAAUUGACACCGGUUCAUCUCUGAAUGUCAUGCCCAAGUCUACCUUGUUGAAGCUAAAGUACAAAGGGGGGCAAAUGCGGCACAGUGGAAUUAUUGUGAAAGCGUUCGAUGGAUCAAGAAAAACAGUCAUUGGAGAAGUUGAUUUGCCUAUUGGUAUUGGACCACACGUAUUCCAGAUCACUUUCCAGGUUAUGGACAUAGUGCCAGCUUAUAGCUGUCUGCUCGGACGCCCAUGGAUUCAUGAGGCGGGUGCCAUUACAUCCACGUUACACCAAAAGUUAAAGUUUGUCAAGAAUGGGCAAAUAGUGACGGUUAAUGGGGAGCAGGCUAUGCUGAUUAGCCACCUUUCAUCGUUUAGUGUGAUAGAAGUAGACGAGACGGCUGUUGAAACUCCAUUUCAAACCCUGACCAUUGAUGAUCACAAGAAAAGUGAAGGUUCAAUCGCGUCAUUCAAAGACGCCCAGCAGAUUGUCAAGACAGGUCCUACAGAAAUAUGGGGCAAGGUGAUAGAGUUGCCAGAAAACGUUAACCAUACAGGAUUAGGCUUUGUUGGUGGAAAACAAGUGCAGACUUCAGUGGUGCGACCUUUCAAAGAUAUCUUUCACAGCGGUAUGAAAAUUCUUCCUCAAAUAUGCGUAGAUACUCUUGGUGCUUUUUCAACUACUCAAAGAUUUGGUACACGAGAAGAGGUGAUAAGGUGGAUUAAAGAUGUUGAAAUCCAUAAUAAAGUAAUCGUUAUUAUCACUCGUUCAGAUACUGAAACAGGCAAGAGAGAAGUAACAAAUUAA